AUGUCAGCCUCCCCGGAAGAUAACGCUUGCGACUCACCAUACUCUUCGGUAUCGGAUGACUUUACGAUGAACAAUUUAUAUUUUUCUUCUACAAACGACGUAUCUCAAGAUAACCCACCAACUUUAUUGGAUCCAAAACUAGAAGUCGUUGACUCGAACACGCCUUUGUUUUUUUUAACUCUAACUCCACAGCAAACACCAACUCGAGAAUUGCAACCCCCGGCUACUCAAAACGAUCCACAAGUUUCUCAUUUUCACCAAACAGUCUUCAACUCUUCUCCCUUGGGUGACAUGCAUCAACAAUCAAUAAAUAAU